AUGUCUUCAAUUUACAAAGCGUUGUCUGGUAAGGGCAAAAAUUCACAAUCGGGCAAGAAACAAGAACCUAAUGAGAAGCAGUUUAUGAACAAACAACGUACUUUGCUAAUAUCUAGUAGAGGUGUUAACUUCAGACAUCGUCAUUUGAUUCAGGAUCUGUACUCUUUAUUGCCUCAUUCAAGGAAAGAACCAAAGUUGGACACUAAGAAAGAUUUACAGCAAUUAAAUGAGAUCGCAGAACUUUACAACUGUAAUAACAUUCUGUUCUUCGAAGCCAGGAAACAUCAGGAUCUGUAUCUGUGGCUAUCCAAGCCACCUAAUGGUCCAACGAUCAAAUUCUAUUUGCAGAAUUUGCACACUAUGGAUGAACUAAACUUUACUGGUAACUGCCUUAAGGGUUCCCGUCCCGUACUAUCUUUCGAUCACAGGUUCGACAGCUCUCCUCACUACCAACUCAUCAAAGAGCUACUAGUGCAUAAUUUUGGUGUUCCACCAAUGGCCAGAAGGUCCAAGCCCUUCAUCGACCAUGCCAUGUCCUUCAGUAUCGUGGACGAUAAGAUCUGGGUGAGAACUUAUGAAAUUACCCACUCUGCAAGGAAUGAACAGGAAUAUGAGGACAAGACGGAAGAGCAAGGUGAUGUUUCGUUAGUCGAAAUUGGCCCCAGAUUCGUUAUGACCGUUAUUCUAAUUCUUGAAGGCUCCUUUGGUGGACCCAAGAUUUACGAAAACAAACAAUACGUCUCGCCAAACGUCGUAAGAGCCCAAUUGAAACAACAGUCUGCUGAUGCUGCUAAGGAUAGAGCAGAAGCUGCCGUCCUGAGAAAGAUCAAAAGGAGAGAAAAUGUUCUUGCCGCUGAUCCGUUGUCAAACGAAGCAUUAUUCAAAGAUUAA